CCUGAAUUUGAUUUAGAACCAUUAUGGUUUUUUAUUUAAAAUUCCUAAAAAUUUAAAGGAAAAAAGCCAAUUUCUCGGCCGUUUCCGGGACAUAACUCAGGUGGUACGUCGAUGCCAAAAUAAAAUUGGUUUUAAACCGUCGACCGACUGGCAAUCUUCCUACUCUCUGGAUUUACCGUCUAAACUGUUAGUUAACUGAGAAGUUAUCGGUCAUAGUGCGCACUGUCUUUAUCUUCGUGUCAACUGGGUCUCACAGCGUUUACAGAAGGAUUUGAGAGACUGCUCAUCUUAGUAUUAAGAUAUUUCCAAAUUGAUGGACGCCAGUGGCCGCCAUUGUGGCUCCGUUUGAUUUACCUACGCUGAUCCUCGCAGCGGAGAAAUACAUCUGUAAAUAAAAAGAUGAAUAUAGAUUUUGUGUGAAAAGUCAGUAAUUGAAUACACAAAAUACCUGAUUUUUAUUCGCUCUGAAUUGUACUAGAGAAAUAAGUUAAAAUGGGUGGUGGAGAUCUUAAUCUUAAAAAGUCGUGGCACCCGUCCACUAUGAAAAACAUGGAGAAGGUAUGGAAGGCGGAACAGCAGGAUCAUCAAGAGAAGAAAAGAAUUGCAGAACUGAAACGGGAGAUAGAAAUGGAAAAGGAUCGUGAGGAUAUGACAAAGUAUGCUAUGGAUCAAGGUGUCAUCGAGAAGAAGGAUGAGAAGAAGUUGGACUGGAUGUACAAAGGGCCAAAUCAAUCUAUAAACCGUGAAGAUUAUCUUCUUGGAAAGGCAAUUGACAAACCCUUUGAGCAAUUGGCUCAAGCUGAAAAGGAUGGAGAUCAAAAUCGCAUGAUUAAAAAUCAUGUGGAAUAUGAAUGUAUCCCACCAUCAUUACGGUUCUUCUCUGGCAGUGAACAGGUUGAUCUGGCAAGAAAACUUCAAGAAGAUCCAUUGUAUGCUAUCAAGAAGAAAGAAAUGGAAACCCGGACACAACUGCUUAAGAAUCCAGUUAAACUGAAGCAACUGAAACAAUUGUUAGAGCAACAGGCAAAGGAAAGUAAAGCUGAAAAGUCUAAAAAGAAAAAUAAGAAAAAGAAUAAGCAUGGCUCUGAUAAUAGUGACAGUGAUGACAAGCUUGAUAUUUUAUUAGCUGCAAAGUACAAGAAACUUAAGGAUAAAAUCAGCAAGGAGGACUUAAUAAAGUCCAUGAAGAAGAGGAAAAAGGAAAAGAAGCGAAAAAGCAAGGAUGAAAGUAGUGACAGCGAAGUAGAAAAAAAAGACCCAGGAAAACAAAAUAAUAGGCAUAAACACAGUAAAAUAGACGUUAGUACAAAAAAUCAAAAGCAAAAAAAGUACAAUAAAAGAAAACCUAGAGAGAGUAGUAGUAGCAGUGACAGCAGUAGUAGCAGUGAAGAGGAAAAGGAUCCUGAACCGAAGCGCAAACACAAGGACUCAAGAAACCUUCAUGAAAGACAUUCUGACUUGAAGCAAAAAAUUAGUGACAGAAGUCGAGGCAGAAGUCCACAGACUAGAUCGUAUGGUCCCAGAAAGGAAGAAAGUAUAAUCUCACGAAAGAAUUCCAAUCAUUUUGUCGAAGAAAGUGAUGAGGAUCGCCAUGCUAAACAUUCUUCAAGGAAAAACUAUGGUUUGGUGAGGGCUGAUGGAUCUAAACUAUCACCUUCAACAAAAUCAAGUAAAUCUGCCAGAAGGGACAGUUCCACGGAUAAAAAGAAACCUAGGAAAGAGGAGCAACGAUGGGUUCCUCCAAAGCGACAAAAGUUAACUGAAGAGGAAAAGGAACGUAGACGCCAGGAAAUGAUGGCUAAUGCUUCUUGGAGGGACAAGGAAAGAGAAUGGAAUGUGAAGCGUUAUCGCGAAGAAGACAAGAAAGAACAGACAGACAAAUCCUAUAACAAAGACUUUAUCAGGAAGCAACUAGCAGUCGCUGCUGACGUGGGUACCGUAGAGUCUCGAAUUCGUUCAAAUAUCAAUAAUAUUCAACGUUCUGGUCGGGCAAUGGAUACGAAUUUCGCAAAAAGAUAAAAAAACUUGCUUUAUACUCUGCAAGAUAAUUGUAAAUUCUAUUUUCAUCCUUCUCCUUGUAAAUACUACGAUAUUUAAAUCGGUUUUGUAAUGUUUAUCUACAGUAUGAAAUAUACAUUGAAUUAAAAAAGAAAAGCAAUACUGAA